AUGAUAGAUGUUAUUUGGAAGAUUAGAAAUGACUAUGUCUGGCAGAAUGAGAAAGAAGACGCGACAACCUUGGGAGUAAAAGCGAUCCAGAUAUGGAAUGACUGGUUUCAAGCUCAAGAUAAUUCAACAAACAAUGCUCGAGCUCAACAGGCUUUAGUUUGGAGUGCUCCAUCUGUGGGCUGGCUUAAAUGUAAUGUGGAUGCGGCUUUUAAUAACAAUAACGACACUACUGACAGGGGGUGGUGUGUGCGUAACCAUCUUGGAAACUUUAUCUACGCAGGUACUUCAUGGGAUCCCGGAACUCUUCCCGUCUUUGAAGCCGAAGCUUUGGCUCUUAAAGAAGCUAUUCUUGGAGCUAUUUCCUCGCAUUUGGAGUUUGUGACCUUCGAGAGUGAUUCCCAAAUAGUGACACAAGCUAUCCAUUCCAAUAGAAAGGGUGAUUCCGAGUUUUAUCUUAUUAUUGAGUCCAUUUGUAGUUUAUUGCUUUCCUUUCCAAACUUUGAGGUGAAGUUUGUCAAACGUCAAGCGAAUUCGGUUGCUCACUCUCUUGCGAGGGCGGCCAAUUCUUAG